UCGGCGGAACAGGCGUGAUCUACAGUAGUGUGUGCGGUGAAAUUGCUAACUAGGUGUGAAGGCUUUUAUAAUGUUUUGCUGAACUGAAUCGUAAAUUUAUUUCUUGGAAACAAAUCGCGAAGCAGGAACGAUGCUGCGUGUCUGUUGGAAAGGUGCAAACACAGCUGCACGGAAAUGCCUGUGUGAAAAUGUGGCGGUCCCCCGGCAACAUUGCCGUCAUUACGCAUCAGCUGGACAUUCUGGGUCUUCUUCUGCAGGUAAGAUUGUUGCUGCCAGUCUCCUGACUGUGGGUGGAGGCCUGGGUGGUACGAUCCUGUACGCUAAAUGGGACCCAAAAUUCAGAACAAAUAUUGAAAAGAGUGUACCCUAUUCCGAGAUGCUGUUUGAGCUGAUGCUUGGUCCCCCUCCACCACCGGUCUCUUUCCCAAAGAAACCGGCAAAGUUUGAACCACUGCAGAUAUCAUCAGUGUCUGAAGCUACAAAAGACUCAAAACAGCCGAAAGUAAAAGGCAAAGCUAAGGAAAAGCAGCCCGAUUCAGCGCCUGUGGAACCCAUCACUGCUCAGACUGUAGAGGAGACAAAGUCAUUACAGACCCUGCAGGAGGCCUCAGCUGAGGCAGCCCAUAUAAUUUCAGCCAUCAGCGAAGUGCAGUCUGUUCCCGCACCAGGCACCAGUCUCGAGACAGCCGCUGUGCCCCCUACAUCAACUCCCUCUCCGACCAAGCCUGGGGCAGCUGAAGAAUGUCAUGAGUGUACUCACCAUGAACCAGUACUGAAAGAGCGACCCAUGGAGGAAGUGUCUGCACGCUUGGCUCAGCAAGACCAGGCUGAACAGGAUACUCUGUCUGCAUUAUCACUUGGACUGGAGGAAGCCUUGGGAGCCUCGGCCAAGCUUACCCUAUCUGCCAUUGGAGCCCAGGAAGCAGCGCUCCUCUCCAUCAACAGCCACACACACAGACUCCGAGAGGCAAUGGACUCCGAGGAUUCUCCAGAUAAGAAGUCAGCUCAGUGGAAAGAGCUGGAGGAUGCACUCAGUCAUCGCACCCAUGCCGUGGACCAGGCUGGAGAGGCACUUCUCCAAGCCAAGGAACAGCUUGAGAGGCUCAGAGGAACGAUCAACAGUGCUAAGGAAGCAAAGAUUGAUGCUGCCAGACCACAAAUUCUGGCUGCAGAAGAAAAUCUACACAGUAUGAUCGUGGAUCUGGACAAAGCCGUAACCAAAGUGCAGACAGCUCAGACUGAGGCAAAGAUUGUGUCUCAGUACAGUGAGCUGGUGAAGGAGGCCAAGGCUCAGUUCCAGAGAGAGCUCAGCAACAUUACACCUGAAGUCCAGGCAAACUGGAAGGGACUCACAGGAAAGCUGAGUGCUGAUGAUCUGAAUUCACUGAUUGCCCACGCGCACCGCCGCAUCGACCAGCUAAACCGUGAACUGGCUGAGCAGCGAGUGCGUGAGCAGAUCCGUAUCCAAACCGCACUGGACCAACAGAAACAUGAGCACCAGAGAUCUGUGGAACAGGCUGUGGUCACUGCACUGGAACACCACCAUGAGGAGAUGAGACUCGAGCAGGAGAAGAAAGUGCAGGAAGUGCGGGAGGUAAUGGAGGCAGAAAUGAGAACGCAGCUGCGAAGGCAGGCAGCCGCACACACUGACCACCUGCGCGAUGUUCUGAAAGUGCAGGAACAGGAGCUGCGUGAGGAGGCUCAGGAGUCUCUGAGCAAUAAGAUGAUUGAGCAGGAGAUGCACUACCGCCGUUUGGCCCAGGAGCAACUAGACUCCUUCACUCUGGAUAUGAACUCUGCCUAUGCCAGGCUCAAGGGCAUAGAGGAGGCCAUUGACAGUCAUGUAAUUGCUGAGGAGAAAGCAUGUAAAGCUCACCAGCUGUGGUUAUCUGUGGAGGCUCUAAAUUAUGCAAUGAAAACUGCGGAGGCAGAUUCACCCUCUGAACCUUUAGAGGGUGCUGUGCUCACCAUCAAAGAGAGUUGUGCACAAGAUGAGUUUGCCCAAGUCUUGGCUUCAGCCCUGCCCGAGGAGUCAAUAAAGCGUGGCAUUUACAGUGAGGCCUCACUGCGUGCUCGCUUUUAUGAAAUCCGUCGGCUAGUCCGACGCGUGGCGCUAAUAGACGAGACACGUAACAGUCUUUACCAGUACUUCCUGUCCUACUUGCAAUCCAUCCUGCUUUUUGAGAAGGAACAAGAAAUGCCACCCAGCAAGCUGGUACCAGAAAGCCUUGACCCUUUCAAGCUGCUCGCCUAUGCCACCUACAGUGUGGAGCGUGGUGACCUUGAGCUAGCUGCUAAGUUUGUCAACCAGCUGCAUGGUGAGGCAAGACGUGUGGCUCAGGACUGGCUCAGAGAAGCCCGGCUCACCCUAGAGACCAAACAGGUGGUCAAUUUGCUGUCGGCGUAUGCCAAUGCCGUAGGCUUGGGCACCACACAGGUUCCUUAAAUUAUACACAACAGAUAAGAGUUAAAGUUAAUGAGGACUGGCGUCCAUCUACUGCUAACAGCAAUCUACCCUCCUCAGAUUAAUUUAUACACCAGCCCAGGUUGGGUUGGUGAUAUUUGUUUUGGUUUUUUAUUGUUAAAAGCACUUUUGCAAUAAGGCUUUGUCCUGAAAUAAUAGUCUGUCACUCAACAUCUGUAUUCAUAAUCUUUCUAGUUACAUAACUACACAGCAACCUACACUUUAAGUUUUGAGUGUGUAGCAGACAGGUAGGCCAUCGGGUGAGGACCACGGUCUGAACCUUGUUUGUUCACAAGUCGGCAAUUGAAAGCUUAAGGUUCAGUAUCCUAAUUGAUGAUUAGUCAGGCUUUUGGAAAUGUUCAAAUCCAUUUGUGUCAUGCUAUGGAUAUGAAUCCGCCCCUCUAUACUGGAUGUUAAUAAAUCAAGGAUGUUGAUGUC